AAAUAAACAAAUUGGGGUCCUUCCUUGCGACAAGCUAGCUGUCGAAACGGUGUAACGAGUCACAUUGUUUUACACAACUGUGGUAAAUUGUCAAGAAUAACACCGAUAUAUGACGAUCAGAUUACAAGGGGAAUGUUUAAAUAAUACAGGUUUAAUUCCGUUUGGUCUUUUUCUUCCUAACUGGCCCGGCAGUUUGUUUUCAAACCGUCGAAAGGGUGUUUUUUUACGUCCGCCGUCAACAACAGCGACAUUAGCGUUAGCAUUUAAGCUAACGUUGUAAAACCCACGUAAUUCUGAUAUUUAGUCGAAUAAAAAGGGAGGGAGGCGUUGAUGAGCAGCUAUGUCUGGUAUCGCGCUUAGCAGACUGUCACAGGAGCGAAAAGCCUGGAGAAAAGACCAUCCGUUUGGUUUCGUUGCGGUGCCCACGAAGAACCCUGAUGGAACCAUGAACCUGAUGAACUGGGAGUGUGCCAUUCCAGGGAAGAAAGGAACUUUGUGGGAGGGAGGACUCUAUAAACUCAGAAUGCUGUUCAAAGACGACUACCCUUCCUCUCCGCCCAAAUGUGAGUAUAAGUCCACACCUCAGCGUACAUUAGAAAUGAACAAUGUCUCCAUCUCUUUGUGUUUCAGUCAGAACAGGAUGGACUACGAGAAGAGGGUAAGGGCACAGGCCAAGAAGUUCGCCCCCACAUAGAGAGGAGCGCCGGCCGCCCACAGCCUGAACUGAAGGAGGUGACACACCUGACGGACCACUCCAAUAAGAAUUCAGUUUUGAGUAUUCUCUCAUUAUUAAACAGGUGACAAGAGCCUGUUAGGUCUCCUCUUUUUUUUCUCUUUUUAAAGCUCAACAUGUAAGCAUUUUUAAGGCAUCGCUGAUGGCCCUCUGCAAACAUGCCGUUUGUCAUUUGUAACUCUUGUAUAAUCUCCAGUUUUAUCAUGAGUGCUGUAAAGCCUGCUCAUGCCUCCAUUCAUUCUGUAAAGUCAUAAUAUCGUAUCGACAGAGCUGUAGAAAUGUCCAAGCCACUCUGUGUGUAGUUAUCUCGCUUGUGGCGGACGUGGAGAUUACGUUUAUUGUUAAACUUCCAAUUUUUUUUUCUUUUCUUUUAAUAUCAAACCCCCAGGUAUCGUAGAUAGUGUUUCAUGAUUACGGGUGGGAACUGGGACAAAGCAUUCAGACGAACAAUGGAAGUGAAUCCUCCCAUUUUUCUCCUGAUCCCUUGUCUCGUUCCUAUCACAUAUCCAUCACCUGAGUUUCCGGAAAAGCAUACAAAAAAAAUACGAAGCCGGGUAAAAGACAAUCCUGGCGCUUGGUUGUAAGCUAAAACCGUGAUUAUUUUUGGCAGGAAGUGGCGCUCUGUCCAGCUCAGAGAAGGGAAGCAUUACAGGAGGAUGUAAAAUCCAACUGGAAGUCAGUGUUGCUCAUUCAACACCAGUUUCUCAUCUGCUUCAAAAACGGUCAAUGUGUUCAUUUUGGCGCUCCAUCAAUUACAAAAAGCGUCACUUUUGGUUAUGUUCUCCCACAAAAUCAACUACAACCCUGUAUAAAUGAGUGGAUCAGGCGUCAGAAGCUGAAGGAUCCUCAUUGGAAUGGCCUCUCAACCAGCAGGACGACAGGAAGUGAAAGUGCAUUUGAGAGAGUAAGCGAAAAAGCCUGAGAAUUGUUUUGCCUCUAAAUAUAUGAGUGCAUGUAUAUAAUAUAAAUACUGAAAAAAAUUGUGGAAGUUAUGUUUUAUAUUGUUUUAGCCAGUUGACAUUUGUGUGUGGUAUUAUGACAAAGAACACAAUAAAUGGCAUACAAUUGUGAAAUAAAGUUGAAUAAAAGAAA